AUUUUCUUUCUUUUUAAGACUGGUGGUUAUUAAAAUUUUUUACUAAAUUUAAGAAAAUAAAAGUGGUAGUUGUAAGAGUGGCAGAAAGAGAAAUACAGUCAUGCCAAGAUUUUCAAGCCGAAGAUCUGAGUCAAGUGAAAUGGAAGUGGAUGGAAUAGAACAGGAGCUUAUUCGACUCCAACAGGAAUAUCGCAUCAUGGAAGGUGACCGGAAAGCAUACAGCGAGGAGUCUCAAAAUAUUAUCCGAAAGCAAAGAGAAGCCAUAUCAGCUUUGCAAGCUGAAAAUGAAGAAUUGAUGAAGGAAAACAGGUUGGCUGGAAGUCAACAAAAUCAAACUAAUGACAGUAAAAACAUAGACCGCUUAUCAGCUUUGCUACAAGAAGAAGGUCAACUAAAAGAACGUGUGCGUUUAGUAAAAGAAGCCAUAUUAAAAUGGGAGCAAGGGAUUCAACAAACAGAGAGAAAAAUUGCCCAGCGACGUAAGAGUAUGGGAGGAGUUCAUAUGAGUCAAGCCAAACAUGUAGCUCUGCAUAAACAAAUUCGUGUUCUUGAAAAUCGAUUAGACCAAGCAAAUAGGAAGUUCAAUGCAGGUCUUGCUGAAAAUUCUAAAUUAAGAGAGGGCAUUGAUCAUAUGAGGACGGAAAGAAUGAUAUUCCAGGGUCUGUAUGACAAGUUGGAAAAGAAACAAAGUGAUAAUAAAGAAGAGAUUGCAAAAGUUAUUGAAACUUCAACUUCAGCUUAUGAUGCAAGAGACGACGCACAGAGCAAGAUGCUAGCAUUGAAAGAAAAAUCAGACAAAGAUUUGUUACAAUACAACAUGGAGUUGAAAGAACUAAUGCGAAUUAUCGACCACGAUCGAAAGUUAAGAGAGUUUAUGAACAUCAAAUCAGAAGACAGAGCUGAAAUGCAUGGUCUAUCCAUGCAAUAUAAUAGCAAGAGGGAAGAGCGUGAAAAAGUGGGAGAAAAAGAGGAGACCAUACAGUCAUACGAAUCAGCGUUUGAACAGAUCAAAGAGACUACAGAGAUAGAUGAUCUUCAAUUGUUAGUUGGCAAAUUUAUUGAGACCGAAGAUAAAAACUUUGCACUGUUUAAUUACGUCAAUGAAUUGAAUAACGAAAUUGAGAUGUUGAGAGAACAGAUUGUGGAGGUGGAGAAUGAGAUCGAGCUGUUCAAGCAAGAUAGCGUGGGAUUGGAAGAACAGAGAGAAAGGAUCAUGAAGGACCUACAGGACGAGCACGAUAUAGUUGACAGUGAGUUGAAGGUCCAUGUAGAUCAUACCACAGCGUCUGUACAAACGGUUGAACAACUGAAAGAAGGCAUAAACUCAUUGUUUACGAUGAUCAACUGUGAUUCAUCGUCAAUUGUGGAUAUGUUGGGUGGCCAUGAAGGGAUAACAGAUUCCAACAUGAUGCAGUAUCUUGGUAUUAUCGAGCAUCGAACAAAUGAACUAAUUCAAGUACAAGCGUUCGCAUCAUCAAAGCAAGAUUCAGAAUCCGAUGAAAAAAUCGAGACUGUGGGCUUACUUGGUAAAGGUCCACUUCCGAUUCCAAGAGCAGUCAGUGUGCAUCCUCCCGCUACUGUGGAUGAUUACGAUUCAGACUUUUCAAUGCAAAGUGAUGACGAAAACAGACCACUGACACAACGAGAACUUCGACAGCGUAUCGUAAGAGGGAUCUCAAAAAAGAGUGAUACGAAAUCAAAGAAAGAGAAAGAUAAUCGAGACCCUCCUUCAUUUGAAGUCGCUCACGAUGAACGUCCUGCAAGUAAAUCAAAAAAGUCAACUUUAAAAGAGCUUUAAACUGACUUAUCGAGACGAUAAUAUCGCAAAAAUUAUCGUUACCGCCCGCGACACUCCCGUGAUGUAAAUAUGUAAUCUAAAAGAAAUAGCUGGCUGUUCCAUAAACAUUUAUGAUUUUUCUCUGGUUGUAAAUAUAGUUUAGCGUGUUUGUACGUCGAUUUAAAGUUUUGUUACGCCAAGAAAAAAUUUUCUUUAACGAA